AUGACCAGGGUGCUUGUAAAUCCUUUACGCCUCUCAGAUGUCGAGAAGAAGAUUUGUAGGGUUAUAAAAGAUUACUGUAACUAUUACAACAAUGUGAAAGUGAAACCUGAAGAGAAACUUGUCGCUAGGAUUGCUGGUGGCUGGGUGCGUGAUAAGUUAUUAGGAUUGGAAUCUGAUGACAUUGAUAUUGUUGUGAAUAACAUGACAGGUGAAACGUUUGUCACUGGUUUACUUGAAUACUUUAAUAAACAAGGUCAACUAUCCAACGCUAAAGUAUAUAAGAUUAAGAAAAAUCCAGAAAAGUCCAAACAUCUUGCAACAUGUUCUACGAAGUUAUUUGAUAUAUCAAUUGAUUUUGUCAAUUUACGUUCUGAGGAGUAUAGCGAUCAUUCUAGAGUCCCUGUUGCUGAAUUUGGUACUCCACUUCAAGAUGUAACGCGGCGAGAUGCGACGCUUAAUGCCCUAUUUUACAAUAUUAUUGAAAAUCAGGUAGAGGACCUAAGUGGGAGAGGUCUCAAGGACCUUGAGGAUGGGUUUCUUCGUACACCAAUGCCACCAAGACAAACUUUCCUUGAUGAUCCAUUACGUAUCCUCCGUUUGAUCCGUUUUGCUUCACGUUUCCAGUUUGUCAUUGAUCCAGAAGCAAUUGAAGCUGCCAAGCAACCUGAUAUUCUUACGUCCUUUGAGAAAAAGGUUUCAAGGCCUCGUAUAGGUACUGAAGUACACAAGAUACUAUCUGGGCCGGAUCCUUUAUAUGGUAUUCGUUUGAUGCAUCAGGUUGACCUUAUUAAAAAAAUAUUCUCAUAUGAUGGGAAAUUAGACGGUACUGUAAUAGAACGCUCAAAGGAUAUGAAUGCAUUCAUUCCACUGCUUCUAAAUCAAUUAAAACCUUUGCUCCGGGAUUUUGAAGGUCUUGCUGCGAAAUAUUCAAGCCCAAACUUCCGUGAAUGUUACUUAUUGUCUAUGAUUUUAUCCCCUCUAUACGGAAUACAAGUUGAUUCAGGAAAAUUGAGUCUCACAGAAAAAAUCUUGAAGGAUGGUUUACAUUUUGGAAACGCUGUUGCUGAUGUUAUCAAAGUUGCCGUAGAUUCCAUUCCACGUUAUGAUAAAAUGGUUGAGAACUACGCUGAGUGGACUCGCGCUCAAAUCGGCAGCGUCUUAAGAACUCUUAAGGAACACAGGGAACUCUGUCAUUAUGUUGCUCUAACUUACAGGUAUUUGAUAGAGACUGAUGAGAAUAGUAAAAAGUUAUCGCUAGAUAUGUACCAGAAAUUCGAAGAAUACGUCAGAGAAGCAGAACUUCAAAAUGUUUAUAAAUUGGUACCACUAAUGAAUGGUAAAGAACUUAUUCAACUAUAUGCAACUAAAAGUGGUGUGUGGAUGAGUAAAGCUAUGAGUGAUAUCAUUAACUGGCAAAUGGACCAUCCUAAUGGUACUAAGGAAGAACUAAAGUCAUGGUUGUUGGAAGUGAAGAGCAAUUAUGUUCCAGUGUGA